GUGCAUUUGCGGGCGAUGCUGACAUAAUACUGCGUCUUUUGAAGCAGCAAUUGAUUCGAAACAUCAAAAUAUCACCGUCUGCUGUCCGCUUCUUCGCGGUGGUAUCGAUCACUGUUACUUCACUAUGCACAGCCAAUGCAUAGGGUUUUCACUCGCAAUGGACUGAAACAGAGCGUUUGUGGCUGGACGACCCAGAGUCCGUCGACGCCGCGAUUUUAUCGAACGCGACCCUCAACUGAACGGGGACUUGACCGCGGAGACCACCCAAACGACAAUGGCAUUGGCGACCAUGCAGCUUCACAAGCCGCCGAUGCGGUCAAUCAUACAAAUUCCCGAUCCGUCGAAACCUCCCUAGCCUCUAGCGACAAGGAACAUGGAGAGUCUUGCGCGAAUGAAACGUCGGUAGAUCCUGUGCAAACUUCCUUUCAAACCUCUACCAAUGCCCCCCAAACCGUAAGCCUUGAAGCGUCGCUCCAGGAGACCACAGAAAAGCCGCAUGCAAGAAAACCAGCAAAGUAUAAGCGACAUAUACCACGACCGAAACGGUUCCCUCCACUACUCGAAGAGAUCAAGAAGCAUGGAUUGCAAGAGAACGCAAGUCGUCCUACAAACUCUCUCGAUCGAUCAGUGGUAUCGACGCCCACACUCCAAGAAGAACUGCGAUGGCUAGCGCAAAUGAGUCCACACCCAAAAGCUAUCAGAAACACGCUCGAAAUUCUGAUCCGUGACCGCAACGAGAAGCCGGACUCUGAAUACUACAGAGUUCUGAUUCUGGGGAACUGUUUCCCGGAGUUGGGCUCCGUCGAGAAUGUCAAGACAAUCUUGCACGAAAUGGAGAGGAAAGGUAUACCUAUCGACACGGGCGUGUGCCAUGCACUACUGGAGGUCUUGACCGUGCAUCCAGAUACGUACCUCCGCACAGCCAUUCUACAAAGGCUUGCGCAACAAUGGGUUUCGAGAGAUAUCCCGGAGUUUCAAGAGGUCAAUAUCGUUUCGAUGGUCCGCGAAGGUCAACUGGAACUGGCCACAGUCGAGCUAGAGAACAUGCAGCAGAAGGGUGUCCUUGUUUCCAACUGGGUGUGGAUCAUCUACAUCCACGCCGUUUGCGAUAGCCACGACUUCAACACCCUCCUUCAGAUACUGUACAAGCUGUACGAUUCCGACGUCCCCUUUCCGAGACCGACCUUACUCCACGUCUUGAUUCAAGCGAGUCAACACGGCGAUACGGCACUCGCCAAGUGGAUAUGGUUCACUUAUGUCGAAAACAUGCACAUUAUCCCCGACGAAGCAAUCUGUAUGGAUGUCCUACGUUUCGCCGUGACACAAUCGGACAUUGAUCUAGCAGAGUCGGUCGCCAUCGUUCUCGAAAGUGUCGCCGGUAACACGAUAACCACCCCGCCCAGCUUGGACGAUGGACCGCCAUUGACAAGACACGAAAUCUAUGGUCUAACCUUCGAUUCACCCAUUCUCCCAGGUCAUCCUAGUCCUGCAGAUCCGAAAGACGAUCCCGACAUGUCGUCUUCAGAUGCUAGAGCCAUCGCCUUCUCUACUCCGCCGUCUCUACCGGGUCCCACAUCUCCGCCGCCCCCACGUAAGCUUCCAACGGAAGCUGUCGAGUUGCUUCGAAAAGUGCGAGCUGACCCUCGAAUAUCGCCGGAUCGCAGACGAAAGAACCCAGCUGUAAUGUAUAAGCUGUUUCGCGAGGAAGGUGGGUUACGAGGCGCGAGGUUCGACCCUUUGCUGGCGCUGAAGCAGGGUUGGGACUGGCGGAAGAAAUGAGUCGCUGGAGUCGCUCAUCGAGACGAAGAUCAAGUCUUGAUAGUUCUUCGUCAA